GGUCUACCUUCCAAAAUACGCCCCUUUUUUCUCAUUCAUCUUCCCCAAAAUCGAAGAGAGAGAAAGCGAGCAAUUUUUACAGUAGUGAGAGAAACACUAUGUCUGGCGGCAUUGCUCGUGGUCGUCUCGCUGAAGAGAGAAAACAAUGGCGGAAAAAUCAUCCCCAUGGUUUUGUGGCGAAACCAGAUACACAAGCAGAUGGUUCGAUGAAUUUGUUAGUGUGGCAAUGCAUCAUUCCUGGCAAAGCUGGGACUGAUUGGGAAGGUGGAUACUAUCCAUUAACUAUGUAUUUCUCAGAAGAGUACCCCAGCAAGCCACCUAAAUGCAAGUUUCCUGCAGGUUUCUUCCACCCGAAUGUUUACCCAUCUGGGACGGUUUGCCUGUCCAUUCUGAAUGAGGAUUGUGACUGGAGACCUGCAAUCACUGUGAAGCAGAUUCUUGUUGGCAUUCAGGACUUGUUGGACCAGCCUAAUGCUGCUGAUCCUGCACAGACAGAAGGAUAUCACCUUUUCAUUCAGGAUACAACAGAGUACAAAAGAAGGGUUCGCCAGCAGGCUAAACAGUACCCGGCAACCAUCUAAUGGCAAUUCUCAUAUUGGUAGAGGAUAGUCGGAACUGGGUACUCGUGUCAGAAGGAGUGGUAAUUGCAACUUAAGAGCUAUCCUUUCUCUAAGCCUUAUGUAUAAAGUCUGACUUCUGUCCAUAUUUAGUAACCCAUGGUAGCCUUUAUUUAUGGAGGUUGUUUUGAACAUUUUGGUUUCAUCUUGUUUAGGUCAAAUCCUCAAACCUUUUACUACUGUGGCUGAUUGUUUGUGUGUGGGUCGCCUAUUUGGAUAUGAGGAUAUUGUAAUAUCCUUAAAUUUAGUUGUCAUGGUGAAUUUGUCACUGUUAUUUGAACGUGAAAGCUUUUCACUCUAAAUUUUUUUUAUUGUUUUUA